CGGUACGUUCGAAAUUGGUGACAUUUUUGCACGUGUUUGCUCUGAAAUUUAUUUACUGCUUAUUGUCAUAUAAUUCUUGAAAUUAUGGUCCAAAUCUCUAAAAAACGUGUUCGUAGAAACACAAUUGUUUUAGAUAGUGGCUUAAAUUCGGUUAUAACUGCAUUACCGCCUGGUAAUACAGUAUCAACUACUAGCUCUCAAAAUGGUUUGAGUGCAGAUCUCACUCCUGUGAUACAGGUGAAAGAUGUUCUGUUAGAGAACUCUGAGUUCUGUAAACUAAACCUCCUUUUGAAAGAUAUGCAGAGGCAAGUAAGUGAAAUUCAGAAAAAAUUAGAUCAGUUUGAUAGUAUGUCACUGCCAAUCUCAAAUACCACGGAGAGCCGGUCUGAUAUUGGUCAGGUUAAGUGUUUACUGGAUGUAACUCAAAAUAAGCUUUUGAAUUUAGACCCAAUAGCCUGUCUUUUAGAAAGGCAUCCUAAAAUAUCUCCAGACAACCUAAAUAAAGCUGAAAAUCUGAUUGACUGCUUGGCUACGGAGGUGAUGAAGCGUAUAACCUCUUCUCACCAAGCUAUAGUUUACAACGUCCCAGAUUCUCUGCCCCUGAAAACUGUAAGACACAAAAUCCUGAUUUGUUGCGGCAUGGCUAGUGUUCCAUGUGAAUGCAAACGACUUCGUAAAAAGUCUAACCAGGCUAAUUGCCCAAUCAUUUUUAAAUUCAGUAAUUCCCUUGAUGCUAGUAAGUUUACUAAAUGUCAGGAUCACUUAAGACUGAAUAGCAGUUAUAAGUCUAUAACCGUAGCUCAGGAUAAAACACCGUGUCAGCGCAGAAUAAUGCGUAGUAAUAACCUGGUCACCUCCUCUAGCUUUGAUUUACCAAAUAAGGAUCGUGCACAGCAACAGACACCUAGUGCUGAAACUAGCAUUCAGCAAACUACACAACAACCACACCUGCCAAUGGAACUAGGAACUGAUUUAGAUACCAGUACCCCUGUAAAUAAAGCCUCAUCGAAAGAUGUUAAAAUGACUAGAACUUCUGCAAGUUGUUCUAAGAAAUUUCCCCCCAAACGUAGUAACCUCACCACGAUGAACAAAUUUCGCAGGGUUGAGACUAAUGAUGGGGAAGAAUACUUUGUAUUCAAUAAGCCUGCUGAGAGUAAGAAUGCCAACAAACCAUCACUUGUUACGAAAAACUCCUCUCGAAACAUAAGUACAUCUGGAGGUGUUCCGCAUGCUCCACCUUAUAGAAAGUCAGGCUCCAAGACUCCUAAAGUCUUGCAGCCAAAGCACCUUCCUUCACAAUUCCCUUUAAGUUAUAAAAACAACCCGAAGGUGUAUACCGGUAUGACGAAUAGCAGUUGGAUGGGUAGACCUUCUGAUGCUAUGCCUUUUAACCGUCAACCUAGGCCCAACCUGUACUACCCUUAUAUCCAGGAACACAUGGUAAAUUUUCCAGGUGUCCCGAAUCACUGGUACGACCCAUGGCACCUAGGACCACCUCAUUGCACACCAACUCCGAUGUGCAGACACCCAGUCCGACCUCCUUUUCAUUCAUAAAUUCUUGCGGUGCUGACGCACAAAUAGAUUUAGGUUAUGGUGACAUUUUAAGCCAGUUUGUAGUAUCCCGUGACUUAUUCACGAUAUUGCUAAUUAAUGCACGUUCCUUAAUCAAUAAGAUAUCUGAACUAAGGACAUUAUUAUUAGUCGCCAAGCCUACUGUAGCUCUGAUUACUGAAUCAUGGUGCUCAUCCUCUGUACUUGAUGUGCAUAUAGGUAUCGAUGAUUACACUGUACACCGUGCAAACAGAGAUUGCAAGCGUGGUGGAGGAUGUCUCAUAUAUAUACAUAACUCAUUUGUAGUCAGUAAGGUGGAAGAUGAAACAAUGAAUAAUGUACCUGACUCACUCUGGGUUGUCUUACAUGGAGAUAAGUACAAACUUCUCAUAGGCUGUGUUUAUCGAGCACCAAGCUCAACAAAAGAAACUGAUGCGUUAUUAGCUAAAUCGUUUGCACACGCAUCCUCGUUUAGUGCUAAUUACAAAAUAAUUGCAGGGGACUUCAAUCUUCCAGAAGUCAAUUGGCUAACUAGUUCCGGCCCCCAACGCUUCGACGAAUUACUUGCCACUAUAGACUGUUAUGGAUGGCAACAACACGUCCAGACACCUACUCGUGGUGACAACAUGUUGGACCUUGUUUUUUGUCAUGACACAAUCCCAGUAUCCACUAUGUUGGUAAUAGAUUUUCCAGUAGUGACCAUAGAAUGGUACUCUGCUCUCUGCCUUUCUCACCACUAAAUACAGGAAACAAACAAGACUCAGGAAGCACAAUAUGUCGUAGUUACAAAUAUACAGACUGGGGAUUAGUCCAAGAACUUAUUCGACUCUGUCAAUGGGAUGACUAUUUUACCACUGACUCCCUGGAGGCCUUAGUAACCCUGUUUUA